AUGAUUUCAGUUACAACCCAAAGGAAUACCAAUGUCACAAUUCACUGGCUAAAACUCGCUCAAAAACGCCCUAUAUCCUUUCCAAGAAUUGAGGCCUCUGAAAUCGAGGAUAUGAUCCGCUUAAGAUCAGUGAAAAAGGAUGAAGAUGAAAUAGACAUCCGACUAGCCGAACUUGAACCCCGAGUAAAGCCGCCAAAAUGCCCUUGGGUUCCACCCUGCAAACCAGCUUUUGGGUCUAAGAUACAGAGAAUUACUGGACCUGAAAUUAUAACUAGUGUGCCACCACCCGGCACUUAUAAUCCCAAUGAGUCCAUAUGUAAACGAAAUAAAUUUCAAAAAAGUGAACCAUGGAGUCUCACGUCACCUCUACCAACCAAUCAAAAGGCUAACUCAAGAAUUAGGCCAACAAGCACAAGACCAUCCUAUUAUAAAUUAAAGUCUCCGCUUGAAACCGAUUUGGAGAAUCUUGCGAGAAGAUCCCAUUCAUUUGAUGCCUACAAACUAGACCGAUCGAUGCAUACGCAACACGGAUAUUUCGCAGCCCCGAAACAACAAACAGAAUUUCGAGAUGUACCGACUUUUGUAGAUCUACUUAAUAACAAUGCUAAUAAAAAGAAAGGAAUUUUCUUGAAAGCGGAACGGUUUCCAAAGAAGUAUGGGGAAAGAAUUUGCCAAAGUGAACCGAGUUAUAAUGUAGAUAAGGAGAUUGACACAUCACCAGGUCAAUACAAUAUCGGAGCGGCAGAUUGGAAAAUGUGCGAACUGAAAUCAUCUUCGAAAAUACCAUUUGGAAGCCAUGGUAAUAAUGUUAUUACACAAAAACAAUACAACCAACAAAUUGGAAAUAUGACACCAUAUACGGGGCCAGGAAGAUAUGACCCAUUUAAGUAUGAAAAGAAAGCAAAUAAAGAACGAUAUGUCGACAUGGCAAAGAGAACGGGGAGGGACUCAAAUCUCUGGAUGGACGUGGUACUACGGGAACGUAUGCGGCCAAAGAAAGAAGCCAAUGACUACCCGCAUUAUAGCAGAGAUAAUUUGAUCAUGAAAUAUCAUCCACCCGGCAUUUACGUGAUCUCGUCGAUUGAUGAUCCGAAUGUCUGGAAUGGAAUAAUUUCUGUUCGGAAAGGCUACUAUUGUGGUGGUUCAUUCCCAUUCAAAGUGGAAAUUCCCGAUGAUUUCCCCUCCUCUCAACCUCCUAAAAUUUUCCUUGCACGCAAUUUUUAUCAUCCUUACGUGCAUCCAGCUACCGGAGAACUGGACUUGGGCCCUGAGUUUGAGAAAUGGGUCCCUGGUAGCUCGCAUAUUUAUCACAUUUUACAUUACUUCCGAUGUGUAUUUAAUGAUCUUUCAAUUGAGUCGGUGGGCUCCAACAACGCUAAGAAAUUUGCGAAUCCGGAAGUUGCCCAGUCUUUCUUAUCGGAGCAUGAGAAAUUUGAGAUCCGGGCAAGAACGUAUGUUGAGGAUCAUUCCCUUUGGUCAUCGACAGAUUCCACCUCAACUGAUUCACAUCUUAACUCCCUGAGUGUUAUUGGGUGGCAAAAUGAUAACUUGAUGUCGACUAUUCGAGAUAAGAUUUUGAAUUCUUCCCAACCCUUCAAAAACUGCCCAUGUUGCAGUGAUACUGUUUCGCGAGGCUACUCUUGGAUCGAUCCUUCUAAAAUGACCCUUUUCUCACCCCGACUACUGUGCAAUGAAAAAUCGGACUAG